AUGGCCGCAACACAGCAGAGCAGGAGCAGGAGCAGCGCCGCCGCCGCCGCCAAGGCUGCUGCUUGCUCCCGGCCGGCCGUUGCUCCCGUUGAUGAGGCCGUCGACGAGGAGCACGGCGGCCACCGCCGCCAGCAGGGAGGUGGAGCGCAGGAGGAGCCCGAGAAGAAGCCGGAGCUCCGGCGUGGCCCGUGGACCGUAGACGAGGACCUCACCCUCGUCAACUACAUCGCCGACAACGGCGAGGGCCGCUGGAACAACCUCGCCCGCGCCGCCGGUCUGAAGCGGACGGGCAAGAGCUGCCGGCUGCGGUGGCUCAACUACCUCCGGCCCGACGUGAAGCGCGGCAACUUCAGCGCCGACGAGCAGCUGCUCAUCCUCGACCUCCACACACGCUGGGGCAACCGGUGGUCCAAGAUCGCGCAGCACCUGCCGGGGAGGACGGACAACGAGAUCAAGAACUACUGGAGGACCCGGGUGCAGAAGCACGCCAAGCAGCUCAACUGCGACGCCAACAGCAAGCGCUUCAAGGACGCCAUGCGCUACCUCUGGAUGCCACACCUCGUCGACAUCGACAUCGCCGCUGCUGCGGCCGACGACCACCACCUACGCCUCCUCCACCACCAGCAGCAAGCUGCGGCCGCCGGCGCUGGCAACGACCUCGCUGGUGGCUACGCUGCCGCCGGCGCCGCUGACGUCCAGCUGCAUGCGCUGUCGUCGGGCAUGGCGGCGAUGACGACGACUACGUCGUCGUCCGACUCGCUCGCGUCGGAGUCGUACGAGGACGGCGGCGGCCUCUUCGCGAACGUGCUCGCCGGCGAGAUGUUGAUGAACGGCGGAGAUUGGGCGGCGCAGGAGGCCAACCACCAGGGGCUGUGGCCGUCGUCUGAUCAUGAUCUGUCGGCCGUGCAGGUACAGGCUACUACCGGUGGGCAGUUUCAGGACCCGGAGCUCAGUGGAUGGGUGCAAGGCUUCUCCGAGAGCAUUACCGACAACUUUUGGGCCUUGGAGGAAAUUUGGAAGAUGCAAUGA